AUGAUAAACUUUGUACGAAAUGAUAAUUUAAGGAAAAAUAAAAUAAAAGAUCCAGUAGUUACCGGUGGAGCAAUUAACACAUCUUCAAUUACAAUUAAAGCUACUCGAGCACCUCAAAAAAACCCGACUCGAAAAAACCCGACUCGAAAAACCCCGACUCGAAAAACCCCGACUCGAAAAAACCCAACUCAAAAAAACCCGACUCGAAAAAACCCAACUCGAAAAAAACCAACUCAAAAAAAACCAACUCAAAAAAAACCAACUCAAAAAAACCCAAUAACUCCAAUAACCCCAAUAAUUCCGACAGAUCCAACAGAUCCAACAGCUCAAACAACUCCAACAAUUGUAGAUGAUGAUAACGCUAACAAUAGCGGCGGUGCUGAUCCAAAAAAUUCCGUAUCUCAAAUAAGUCCAGUAGCCAUAAUGAUAAUGGUUUCAAUAUUUUUACUGGUAUUUUUUACAUUAGGUAUUUUACUAUAUCGUAAAUAUUUCUAUUAUAGGAAAGCGAGAAAAAUAGAUCUAGAGAUACAAUCUAAAACUAUCAAAUUACCUAUAAGUGGCAAUAAUCAUCGAUUAAGUAUUGGUAAUGGUAGCAAUGAUAAUAGUCCUGCUAAUAAUAACAACGGUGCUCUUAUCAAUGGUAGCAUGGGAAUUGCUUAUAAUGAAAAAUCUCUUGAACCGGUCAAAAAAUUUCCAAAUAUACCGCCCGUAAUUGAAUUAAAUAGAAUAUCUACUUUGAAAAUAAAUUAUAAUAAAAUGGUUAAGGUUGCAGUGCUCGGUGCUUCUGGAGGUAUUGGACAACCUCUUUCCUUACUUCUUAAACUUAAUGAAGCUGUUACAGAACUUGCGGUAUAUGAUGUUGUAAAUACUCUUGGGGUAGCAGCUGAUUUAAGCCACAUUAGUACACCAGCCAAAGUCACUGGCUACUUACCAGCUAAUGAUGGUAUAAAAAAUGCUUUAAUUAAUUCACACCUCAUAAUUAUUCCUGCUGGUGUACCUAGAAAGCCUGGAAUGACUAGAGAUGACUUAUUCAAGAUUAAUGCAGGAAUUGUUAAAAAUUUGGCAACUAGUAUUGCUCAAUAUGCACCGAAUGCCUAUAUUCUUGUAAUAUCCAAUCCAGUCAAUUCAACGGUUCCAAUUUUUGCUGAAGUUUUGAAACAAUACAAUGUAUUUAAUCCAAAGAAACUUUUUGGAGUAACAACACUUGAUAUAGUUCGUUCAUCAACUUUUACAAGUUCAAUUUCUGGAGCCGAUCCUCGCGAUGUCUGUGUUCCUGUUGUUGGAGGUCAUAGUGGCGUGACUAUCAUUCCACUAUUAUCUAAAAUUUCACCAUCUUAUAAUUUCACACAAGAUCAAAUUGCUUCACUAACAAAUCGUAUUCAAUUUGGCGGUGAUGAAGUUGUUAAAGCAAAAGAUGGUACUGGAUCUGCAACUCUUUCUAUGGCAUAUGCAGGCGCCAAGUUUGCAUCUUCUGUUUUGGAUGCAACAGUUAAAGGUAAACCUGGUAUAAUUGUGCAAUCAUAUAUUAAUCUUGAUGCUGAUAAGGAAGGUAGUUUUCAACUUAAAAACACAAUUGAUAACUUGGAAUAUUUUUCAACAAAUAUUGAAUUGGGACCAAAUGGUGUUUCAAAGAUUCUUCCACUUGGUAAUCUCACUGAAUAUGAACAAUCACUUCUUAAGGCUGCAAUUUCUCAACUUAAAGCGAACAUUAAUAAAGGUGUUUCUUUUAUGACAGAAAAAUCAAAAUUGUAA